UAGAAAAUGGCGGCUUCCUAGAGAAGCGGUGGCUGACUUGGAGGGCGGUUCGGCUACCGGGAGAAUCCUGGCGUCUCCCAACCCUGCUCCAUUCGGCUACACAGGAGGCAUGGAAGUGACAGAGCCCAGCAGUCACACCGAAGAGGAGGAAGAAGAGGAGGAGGAAGAGCAAUCCGCUGAGCCUCGUCCUCGAACGCGCUCCAACCCUGAGGGGGCCGAGGAUCGGGCACUGGGGGCACAGGCCAGUGUGGGCAGCCGCAGUGAAGGUGAGGGUGAGGCGGCCAGUGCUGACGAUGGGACCCCUAACCCAGCAGGAGUGGUCCCCAAGCCCUGGCAGGUGCCUCCGCCAGCCCCCGAGGUCCAGAUUCGAACACCAAGAGUCAAUUGUCCAGAGAAGGUGAUCAUCUGCCUGGACCUGUCCGAGGAAAUGUCGCUGCCGAAGCUGGAGUCGUUCAAUGGCUCCAAGACCAAUGCCCUCAAUGUCUCCCAGAAAAUGAUCGAGAUGUUCGUGCGGACCAAACAUAAGAUCGACAAGAGCCACGAGUUUGCGCUGGUCGUGGUGAACGACGACUCGGCCUGGCUGUCUGGCUUGACCUCCGACCCCCGGGAGCUCUGCAGCUGCCUCUAUGACCUGGAGACCGCGUCCUGCACCACCUUCAACCUGGAAGGUCUCUUCAGCCUCAUCCAGCAGAAGACUGAGCUGCCAGUCACAGAGAACGUGCAGACCAUUCCGCCUCCAUACGUGGUCCGCACCAUCCUUGUCUACAGCCGCCCGCCCUGCCAGCCCCAGUUCGCCCUGACCGAACCCAUGAAGAAAAUGUUCCAAUGUCCGUAUUUCUUCUUUGACGUUGUUUACAUCCACAACGGCGCCGACGAGAAGGAGGAAGAGAUGAGCUGGAAGGACAUGUUUGCCUUCAUGGGCAGCCUGGAUACCAAGGGUACCAGCUACAAGUACGAGGUGGCGCUAGCUGGACCGGCUUUGGAGUUGCACAACUGCAUGGCGAAGCUUUUGGCUCACCCGCUGCAGCGACCCUGCCAGAGCCACGCCUCCUACAGCCUGCUGGAAGAAGAUGAGGAAGCCGCUGGCGAGGGCGAGGCCACAGUCUAAAAUGUCCUGGUAUCUCAACCUCCUUGUUCAAGGGAACCCGUGGUCUAGAGUACCAGUUCUCAAGCUGAGCUCUGUGGGGACUCUGGGGGUUCCAGGAGGCGCUCAGGGUGCCUGGAGGGCUCUGGGAGGAGGGCCAGAAUUCCAGGAGGCCUUCCAGGAGUUCUGGGCAUCCAUCCUCCAUUUUUCCUAGGCCACAUCUACUCCUACUUUGUCCACUGUAAUUGUUACCCCCUGUGUGAUUUUUGUCAUCAAAAUAAAAUUUGAGAAU